UGGAUGUGGGCGGGGAUACGAGUCUUCUGUUGUUGUUUGUCAAUGUGUAUAAUUAAGUGCAUUCAGUUAAAUCAAUGUAAUGUAAUCCGUUUAUUUUGCAGUUCCUCUAAACGUCCCCAAGGUGGCGCUGAAUGUGUUUGAGGCGAGCGCGGAAAACAUGGAGAGCAGAGAUGACGAAGAAGAUGAGCAUCGCUAGCACAGACUAGCUAGUUAGCUCAAGCUGUCAUACGAACCUUUGGUUUGUUUUAUAACCUUAAAGUUAUUUGUGACAAUAUCACCAAGUUUUGUCUUUUCAUUGUUUUGCAAGUAGAUCAAAUAAAACAUGGAAUAUAACAAGUUAUGGUGAUUGUUACGGUGUUAUGAAGAAUUAUCCUUUUUCUCUGCUAGCCCGAUAACGCCGACAUAGCUUGACGUAAUGCCGGCUAAUUCAGCAACGCGUGGCGGCCAUUUUUGUUUAGAUUAAUUGUAAACCAGUUAAAUGCCUCUUUUUCCCUCUAUUUUCUCUCAUUUCUUUUUAAUAUAGUAGCAUUAUAAUUGCAAAACUGAGAACGAUAAUUAUACUACUCAAUGUUUUUUUUACUUUGUCUACUAUUUUAAUAAAUGCUUUAUAAUCGAUUUAAUCUUUUAGAUAACUGAAGUUUUUUGCAGUUUCAGGUUAAUAUUACAAAAUAGAAUCAACAAAAGUAUUAUAAUAACAAGCUAACGUUACCCACCAAUAUAUUUAUUUAUCAAUGUACUUUACUAUCGACAUUACAGUGAUAUAACGCUUUACACACACGCACACACACACACACACACACACACACACACACACACACGCACACACACACACACACACACAGUGUUUGAUGCUCAGAUUGUGCGUCCGCUCGUUCGGAGCAGUUUGUUCUUUAGAUUCAAUAUAUUUGUUACUUUAGUAUUUUUUAUCGUUGUUCGAUACUUAUUUUGAACAAAUAGUGAAGCAUCUUUGUUCUUUUUCUCAGCAUCUUCUUUCAUGUGAGGUGAGUCAACCCAUUUUACAACAUUCUUCUUUAAAAGAUGAGUUCUCUGGUUUCUGCUCAGUAUCUGUAACACGUUUCAGGUUGACGGACUCUUACAGAACCAGUCGAACGAAUUCCUCAUUUAAUCAUUAUUUUCCCUCCAUCAGUCAGACUGUGAAAUGAGAACCGUUAAAGUUUAAAAGUUUACUUUUAUGCCUUUUGUCUAAAAGAAGAUAGAAAAUCUCUGUUUAUUUCCCUCAUUAAUACAGCUGUAUACGUAUAUUACUUGUGAUGAUUAAGCAGAUAUUACACUUUCUGCUGUAUUCUGCAAACAUUUCUUGUUUUUUUUAUCGAGCAUUAAACCGAAAACAAAAGGCACCAAAAGAGAAACUCGUGCGUGUUAAUAUAAACUGCAGUUAAAGUGACUUUAUUCUAUCAUUUGAGAACAUUUACUGUCUCGUUCCUGGUUUUAUUGACGAGGGGACGACCUCUUUCUGAGGCCGGUUCCCAGCCGGGGGCUGAUUGCUUGUUCCCAAUGCGGGGGGUCGAUGCUCCAACACCAGGCUUCCCUCCUCAUGCGAACAAUAAAUGCAUUUGAGAAACAGCAAAACUUUCUUUCUUUUUUACGCUCACGUGUGUGUUUUUUGAAAUUUACAAAAUAAAAUCCAAACUUCAACCUAAAACAGAAUUCUGACCCGGCGACAAUUUCACUCAUUGAGCAAUCAGCUGUUUCCACUGACAUUAGUCAGUAGCUAGCUGACUAGCUACUAGCUAGCUAACUAGCUACUGACUCACUAGUCAGCUGACGUAAAAGAACAAUUCAAACUUCAACUGUAACUUUUACCGGCGAACAUCAACGCCCAUUAUUCACUUUUUACUUUGAGACAUUUUCAUAGAUUGUUAUGGGGAAUAAUCGCCGAGAAAACCGAACCCAAACGUUGAAAACCGCGCGUGUGUGUUUGCGUGUGUGUUUGCGUAUGUGUGUGUGUGUUCAUGUGACCGUCCUUCACCGUCACUGAUCAGGGUUCAGCGGCUCGUAAGCGAUCAGAAACGACAUCUAUUGAUCAGCCUAUAAAAAGUCCAGCAGCAGGAAGUAAAAGCUGCACAAGUAACACUUUUAUUUAAUGAUGCAUUUACAUUCAUUACUUUCUCAGGAACUCGGGGUCAAGGUUCAUCAGAAACUCAUUUCUAUAAUGAACCCAAAUAGCCAUUUGGUAAAAUCGGUCCCAUAAUUCAACCUUUUUAGAAGAAUAAACCGGUUUGUCCAAAUGACUGGAUCUCGUCAUGCUAGCUCCGCAUGGAAUUCUGGGAAAUCGCAGGUCUCUUCCUCUUUCAGGAUGGAUCAUCAUGACUCGCAGCGAGGGAGGAGUCGAGGUCACAGGCGCCAUGACGACGAGGACGAGGCCCAGGCGCUCUUCAUCGGCGUGCCGGCUCCCCACCGACGGAAAAGGCGCCGGCAUCACUCCAACGCCAGCGACGCGGACCGCGAGUCGCGGCACUCGCAUUACGACCACCACACGCACCGCGAGCACUCGCACCGCGGCAACUACCAGGACCGGGAGGAGCACUACGGCGACGACGAGGGCAGCGGGGAGCGCCACGGCCACGCCGACCCCUCAGUGUCCCCCGCUGCAGAGCGUUUGCGCCACAUCCUGGGGGAGGAGGACGGCCCCCCCACGCCCCCCUUGUCCACCGAGAUGGACACGCUGCAGCAGGAGGGGGGCGAGUUGGAGUGGAAAGAUUUUGCGAGGUGCAAACACACACGUUUCAUCGGGGGGGGGGGGCGACAAGGCUUUAACUUAAAGCUACAGGUUGAAUCCCGACUGAACCGCCUCCUCCCGGCAGGUGGGUGAAGUUCGAGGAGAAGGUGGAGGAGGGGGGGGAGAGGUGGAGCAAGCCUCACGUCUCCACGCUGACCCUCCACAGCCUGUUUGAGCUGCGCACCUGCCUGCAGACGGGGAGCAUCCUGC